AUGUCCACCAGUGAGCGUUUCGACUGCCAUUACUGCAAAGACUCCCUGCUGGGGAAGAAGUACAUAAUGAAAGAGGACACGCAGUACUGCACUAAGUGCUAUGAGAACCUGUUCGCUAACUGCUGUGAGGGAUGCUCUUCACCAAUUGGCUGUAAUUGCAAGGAUUUGUCCUAUAAGGAUCGCCAUUGGCACGAGCAGUGCUUCAAGUGUGCCAAGUGCAGCCGCUCUCUGGUGGAGAAGGCCUUUGCCGCCAAGGAUGAUUUGUUAUUGUGCACUGAAUGCUACGCCCAUGAUUACUCCUCCAAGUGUACCACCUGCAAGAAAACCGUCAUGCCAGGUUCCCGCAAAAUGGAAUACAAGGGGAACAGCUGGCAUGAGACCUGCUUCCUGUGCCACCGCUGCCAGCAGCCAAUAGGAACCAAGUCCUUCAUCCCCAAAGACACCGGCUACUUCUGUGUGCCCUGCUUCGAGAAGCAGUUUGCCUACCAGUGCUGUGCUUGUAAGAAGGCCAUCACAACAGGUGGAGUGACCUAUCAAGACAAGCCCUGGCACCGCGAUUGCUUCCUAUGCAUCGGCUGUAGAAAGCAGCUGUCGGGUCAGCGCUUCACCUCAAGGGAGAACUACCCCUAUUGCCUCGAAUGCUUCAGCAACCUGUACGCAAAGAAGUGUGUGGGCUGCACCAAGCCCAUCACCAGUCUGGCAGGGGCCAAGUACAUCUCGUUCGAGGAGCGCCAGUGGCACAGCGAGUGUUUCACCUGCGUGCAGUGCGCCAUGUCGCUGGUAGGACGUGGCUUCCUCACCCAGCGUGACAACAUCUUGUGCACCGACUGCGGCAGGGAGAAGUGACCUUUCCAAUGAGGGGUCACAGCUUAAUCCAAAUAACAACAGAGGUUUCAUAUUCUGAUACAGAUACUGUAGACCUGUGAAUAUUUCUUCUUAGCAUGUCUGAUGCAUAAACAAACGCUGAAUGUCAAAUGCUUGUUUUGUUGUUAUAAAUGACCAUUAGUCCUCUAACUCUGCCACACAUGUAUAUUUAAAAUUAGGGCGCCAUAUGUGCCGUUAUUGAUGAAUGUUGCUUUGUUUCUUUUUUCCUCGCAUACUUCUUACUACUUCUUACUUUUGACAUAUUAGAGCUGAGGGUGACUUGUCAAGUAGUGGAUUAGUGAAUUGACAGAAAAUUAAUUCUACUUUUAUAAUUCAUUAGUUGUUUUUCAUGCAAAAACUCUAAAUGCUUGGUUUCAACUUAUCGGGAAAUACGAUUUAACAAAAACAAAAUAUCUUUUUGGUUUUUGUCUGUUGAUCAAAUACAACAAGCAAUCUGUGGAUGUAAC